UGUGUCGCUGCUACAGGGAUACCAAGAUGGAAAUUCAGGGGCUUUCUGAUGCCCAAAACAUUCACUCUCAACAUGGCGCCCUACACAGAACCACUCCGUCUCCACUUCGAUCAGCGACAGGGUCGAUACCUCGUUUUAUUUCCACCGAAAACGAAGCGGGUGGACUUCAGGAGUCGCCCGAGCUACAAAGUGACAACAACAACAACACCAGGCCGAGGACAUCACCGUUUCACCUACUGGCGGAAAAUGGCAGCGGGGCGGCUUGUUCGCCUGUCAGCAAACCACAACCGACCGACAAAACCAGUUCACUGGCGAAUAGACCGAGUGCUGGACUUCAUAACGUAAACAUAGAAAAGGAAAAUGAGCUAAACGCACUUCUUGGUUCACAUGAGUUUGUCAGGAGUGCGUGGAAAUACGGCGCAGAGACUAGGGAAACUGCAAUGCAAAUGGCGCUGCCUCUGUUUGAAGGGGAAGAGGAAUCGACGCCACAGCGGCAGUUAACGUUACCGCUGUCAGGUUUACGGCAGCAGCGUGAGGACGGCGCCUUCAGACGGUCCUCACUGGCCAGCCACAGCGCUACUGCGCCGGGCAGCUUCAACUCGGCCAGCGGUGCAGACAAAACCACCCAGGAACUGUAUGUUGUCUUUAAUGUUGUCCAAGAAGAUGGCAGCGGCGAGACUAGCAAACACCGAGCAGAUGCUUCAUCUGAGAACGGCGAUAAAAUGAAAGGUAGAAAGCCAGAGGGCUCCAAAGCAAGUCCCGGCGGGUCCAUGGAGGUUUCAAACGGCAGCGACGUGAUUCUCUGUGGAUCUAGCGUUAAUGACAACUUGAAUUGUAUCGAUAACCAGGUCUUGAAGAAAACAGAGCAUGUUUUCAAUUUAUUAAACGACAGUUCUACCGUGGCUAACGCUAAACAUACUUUAUAUCACCACACUGUCGAAGACGUUGUUCUGACUAACAAAUAUGGCGAUAAGAUUUGUGGGCAGAUUUGCACCGAAAACAAUGAAAGUAAAUUGACGGGGGAGCCGUCGUCGCACUCCCGUAUCGACGAGAGCAGUGCUUCAGUUACAGCCGACUCGGCCAUCGUGGAGGCCAUGGACACCUCAGACUUCAUUUCAGACUCAACGGGGUUGCAGGACCGUGCGAACCCGGCCACGGCCUCCACCAGUCCGCCUGCUGGUGAAACCUUUUCCGGAACUAUCACAAUAAACAACCAAAGCAUCAUAGUGACCAUAGAAAACGGGAUACUGACUCUGGCUGCCCCACCAGAGGGAUAUGUACACAAAGAGGAUGACAUGGUGAGCCUGAAGGAGCACCUUGGCAUGAAAGAUCAUGAGGAUAUUGUUCUUCUCAACUAUGACGGUGGAACCAAAUCCAUCGGGAAGAUCAGCACGCUGACAGUAUCCAGCUCCAGCCAGCAGGAAGAGCCCAGGCCUGCUUUGUCUGUGAGUGACUCUGAGCUGGCUCUGGUGGAUGACUGCUCGUUAUCAGAGCUUGGCACUUCUCUGGACUCCUGUCCCAUCAUCAAGCAGGAGGCAGGGGUGCUGUGUGCUGUGACAGAGGCCGAUCUAGUCAACCCACACCCCAAAGCCACAGUGGCAGACUGUGACAAUGGAGACUUCCAGUCUGUACCACUAAUAAGAUCCAAGAAAGAGACCCUGGCCUCUUUUGGCUGUCCAGAACCAGGUUGCUCUUGUACAUUUGACACACGCCAGAAACUUAAAGUUCACCUCCUGAACCAUGCAGAGGACCCACGCCCCUACCAGUGCACCAUCGAGGGUUGCGGCUGGGCUUUUGCCACCUCUUACAAGCUAAAGCGGCAUUUUCAGUCACAUGAUAAGCAGCGGCCACAUACCUGUCAGUUUGAAGGCUGUGGGCGGCGUUUCACCACAGUCUACAACCUGAAGGCUCAUGUCAAAGUCCAUGAGCAGGAUAACGCCUUCAUCUGCGAGAUCUGCAGUGAGAGGUUUCGCAGUGCUACACGACUCACCAAUCACCAGAGGGUCCACUUUGAGCCUCAGAGACCCCACAAGUGUGAAUUCCCAGGAUGUGAGAAAACCUUCAUCACUUUCAGUGCCCUGUUCUCCCACAAUCGCACUCACUUCAGAGAAACGGGCCACUUCACCUGCACCUACCCAGGCUGCGAAAAGAUGUAUGACAAGGCCUGUCGUCUCAAAAUCCAUAUGAGAAGUCACACUGGUGAGAGGCCAUUUGUCUGUGACUCUGAGGGCUGUGGCUGGUCCUUCACCAGCAUGUCAAAGUUGCUCCGACAUAAAAGGAAACAUGAUGAUGACCGUCGCUUUGUCUGUACAGAAGAGGGCUGUGGGAAAUCCUUCACCCGGGCAGAGCACCUCAAGGGUCACAGCAUCACCCAUCUGGGCACCAAGCCCUUCCAGUGCCAUGCAGAAGGUUGUAAUGCCAAGUUCUCAGCACGCAGCAGCCUGUACAUCCACUCCAAGAAACACAAGCAGGAUGCCAGCACCCUGAGGACCCGCUGUCCAGUGGCCAACUGCUCCAAGCACUUCUCCUCCCGCAGCAGCCUUAAGAGCCAUAUGCUCAAACACCACCACCUCAGUCCUGAUGUACUCAGCCAGAUGGAGACUACACCCACCCUGACCCCCAGCAGUGAGCUCAUCAGCUCCACCCCAACAACAGUUGCAGGGCCUGGUAUUACCGGGGGCGACCAGCUGACCAACUUGGACCUCAGCUCUCUUUUCUCUGCUGUGCCUGGAGGCGCUGCGCCCACCGCUGGCAUCGGAGUAGGAAUUCCCGUUGGUGGGAGCAGCUCUAAUGGCACUUUCACCAUGGACCUCUCCCUGGUCAGCUCAGGCAUUCUCACCAUCGACCCCUCCUCGGUCAGCACCGCACUCGCCACCGGCACUAACACCACACUGGCCAAAGCUGUGGACCCGCUUAUCCUGGCAGCCAGUGCCGACAUGGGCCCCCAUCACGGUCUGGAAGGAACAGUGGGUGAUGUCCUGCCCCCACAGGGCACUCUCAAUCUGGAUGAUGUGCAGACAGUUACCCCAGAGGCCCUGGGAACCCUCACAGCUCUCACCAUGCAGGGUGCUGGUGUUUCUGUGGACCCCACUCUGCAGCACCCACUCAGCUCCUCCAGUGCCCUAAGCGUGGAGCCCACAUCGUCCCUGGCAGUGGCCCCUGUUGCUGAGCUGCUGGCCUCACCCUCAAAGGUGGUGGAGGUGGGGGGCCAGGUGGGAGCAGGGACUCUGCUGGGCUGCGUAGAGGUGCUGGGGCCUCAAGAGGGAGGAAAAGUCCUUACCCAGUUUGUUUUCCCCAGCCAUAGCAGCAGCUUCAGCCCCCAAAAAGACCAGGAACUCAAUGUCGUGUCACCAAGUAGCUUCCUGGAGAGUGGAGGCUCAGCCAGAACUGACUACAGAGCCAUCCAGCUGGCCAAGAAGAAGAAGCAGAGAGGUCCCUCUGCCUCCUCUGGGAGUUCAGGAUCGAGUCAGAGAAAAACUAAAGGAGCAAAGGCGGCCACGGCUCCAGCACUGACGGCUCCCUCCGGUUCUCGUUAUGGUGAAGGAGCUGCAGCAGCCAAUGGGGGCCUGACUCUGCGUGACCCCGUCACUGGGGCUCAGUAUGUCCAGAUUCAGCUGCUGCAGGAUGACCCAGCCAGUGAUGGCGACCUGGCCUUCCAGCUGAGCUCUCAGCACUCCAGCUCCCACUCUCAGCUCACUGCCGACCUGCCCGUCAACAUUUUACAGGAACCUUCAGUGAUGACCGAGGACGACAACGGCUCUGACAACUCCCAGUUCACAGGAAGCACAAUCAACCUCCAGGACUUGGAGUGAUUCCUGCAGAGCUGCGAUGAUCGGCUUCACAUGCACGUCGCCAUGUCGACAGUUUACACCAACAAACAUACCUGAGAUGUUUGAGUCCAUCGAACGGUUGCCUCAUCUUUUCCCAGGACUUCUAGAGCCUUUUUGGACAUGUGGUUAUAGUUCGGGGAGGGGGUGGACACGAGUCCACAGAUAAUGCACCUUGAGAGGAGGAGAUGAGGAUUCUUUUGUUCAGAUUAUGUGUUUAUUUGUUAAGUCCACUUUGUACCAAAAUCAAACCUGAGAGCAUUCUCAUGUUAAAGACAUGUGAGAGGCCCUUUGUCCCUGUGUGUCUUGAGGAUUUUGACAGUAACAGUGUCUAUUCCAUGGUGCCACAUUGCCACUCAUGCACACUCAGUGUGCUGUCUAUGCUCCAGUUGCCUUACAGACACCUCACGAUGUGCAUUCCUCCACCGGUGGGUUAUCUGCUUUAUUUGUUGCUAUAUUGAUUUGUUACCUUUUGUUAGAUUUAUUUUUCUAUGGCAGCAGUAAGUCCAUGUUGAAAACACACCUGUUCAUGUGUUUAUAUACAUUAUGUAAUGAGUUACUACCUUCUUGUAAUAAUUUUAUCUGUUUGUUAUUUAUUAUUUAGCUGUGGGUUUACAGAAUGGCAGAGCCAAACACAGAUGGAUUAAAGAAUCAAAGCACAAUCUGAA